AUGUUCUUUAAAGGAAGAACGUGGCUUUGGUUAUACAUCACAACAGGUAUCGUUCUAGGAAGUGAGCUGGAUAGCCCAGAGCAACAUGGAGAACAUAAUUGUUAUCAGCUUAACAGGUUUCAUUGCAGCUUUCAGGAAGCAGAAGAUUACUGUCGUGCUCAGAGAGGACACCCUGCUUUCACUUGGAACCAGGAGGUUCGAGACCUCCGGGACUUUCUGGAAGAAGGAAAGAAGUGGUAGGUUGGGGAAAUUUUAACGCUGCUGGGAAGACAUCAAGGAAAAAAAACCCCAGCAGACGUCACAGCCCACUGGGCCCCCACGCCCACCUGCAUUUACUUGUUCCGAAACCCCAGUCGGAUCUCAUCAAAAGUGGACUUGUGCUCACUAGGGCAUUAGUUGAUUUGCCAGGCUGAUGCCUUUUCAGACCAAGAUGCCAGUUAUGAAAGAAAUGGGAAUAAUUCUCAUUCACAUAGGAAACCCAAGAGGACAAAAAGAGAAGUCACAAUACCGAGAAACAAAAUGACCUCAGGCCUGGCCCCUUCCUGUCCCUUCUCAACCCAGCAGUCCGAGGGCGUCCAGCACAAUCAGAUCAUCCUGCUGCUCCUCAAAGCCCCCAAGUAUCUUCCCAUCUCAUGCAGAUCCAAGACCCCGCGCCAUUCCAUCAGCCCAUUUCCUUCAAUACCACCUGGAGUCACACAGCAGGGAGUAUCAGUCAUGCCUGUACCUACCAGCCAGCCUCUCCCUGUGCCACCAGAGCUCACCAGGCCUGCAUCUGUAACACAUGCUGGAAAAGCUCCAGUAGAAAUAACUUCAAGCCCCAAAGAGGACUCACAUCCAAGUGUCUUCACCACUCAUCCACAAGCAACAUUUCAGAACACAUCUGAUCAGGUCAUAGAUGAGAUAACAAGGAACUUUAGCAAAGCAAUUCUCAGUCUGCAAGCUCAUGACAAACUACAGAAAACUUGUGAGGGUCUCGAGAAACUGGCAGCCUUUAUCCCAGGCUUUUCUGAGUCAGCUCAAGCAGCUAAGUACUCUUGUUUGUUCUUAGAUGAGCAAUAUACAUGGGUGCUGACUCCAGAGAGCCUGCAGUAUGGGGUUGGCACCUACUACAUAACAGCCCUGUUGAAUAGAAGCAAGGAGGGUGCCCAGCAGACGCUUGCCCUGUUUCCGGUGGUCACUGCCGUCACCCAGUGUUAUUUCUGGGACAGCGGCAACACGUGGAGGAGCAGCGGAUGCCAGGUUGGGCCACAGAGCCCACUUUUGAGGACGCAGUGUCUGUGUAACCACCUGACCUACUUUGGUGGCAAUUUCUUCAUUGUGCCUCGGACAGUAAAUGUGGAAGACACAGUUGAGCUGUUCCUUCGCGUGACCAGCAACAUCAGGGUGUCCCUGCUGGCCACUCUUGGAGUCUAUAUGCUCAUAUUUGUGUGGGCUUGGAGAAAGGACCAAGCAGAUAUGCAGAAGGUGAGCGUCACUGUCCUGGCUGAUAAUGACCCCAGCUCUCAAUUCCACUACCUUAUUGAGGUCUCCACGGGCUAUCGAAGAAGGGCUGCUACAACAGCUAACGUGGUUAUCACCCUUUAUGGAUCAGAGGGGCAGAGCGAACCCCAUCAUCUUUGUGAUUCCCAGAAAGCAGUCUUUGAACGAGAGGGACUGGAUGUCUUCCUCCUGGGCACUCCGUCUUCUCUGCGGGAAUUACACAGCCUGCAGCUCUGGCAUGACAGUUCUGGCAUCAGCCCUUCUUGGUAUAUAGGUAUGUACAUUGUCACUGACAUGGCAGGUAAAAGGAAAUGGCAUUUCCUGUGCGAUUGUUGGCUGGCCAUGGACCUUGGAGACUGUGAGCGUGACUGGAUCUUCAUACUGGUCUCAAAGAAGGAGCUCUUUUCCUUUAGACACCUGUUCUCCAUGAUUGUAGAAAAUUUUACCCAGGAUUGUCUGUGGCUCUCAGUCACAACUCGACAUCCCUGGACCCAGUUUACAAGACUCCAGCAGCUCACCUGCUGCAUGACCCUCCUUCUCUGCAUGGUCACCUACGUCAUGUUCUAGAAGAUGAAUGGCACCACCACCAAGAGACGUGAGCAAGCUGUGGUGAUGGGCCCAUUUGCCGUGACCUGGUCUGAACUGCUCGUCAGCAUCCAAACUGCUGUCAUCCUUUUCCCCAUCAGCCUUGGGAUUGGGCGGCUUUUCCCGUUGAUUCAACCACAGGAACCUCUACCUCUCUUUCCUCCCAUCCAGGCCUCCUGCCUCUCAGAUGCUUCUUUUGAGCCUCUGUCUCUCUCACAGAGAUAGUGGAGGUAAGCUUGGUAUCAAAUUUUACAGGAAUUAAAGGAAACUGUGGGAUUCCUGCUCAGAAGAAAUACGUACCUCUCUGAGUGUGAACAGUCUUCAUGGAGUUCUUCUUACAACAUUAACCAGCUGAUGAAGCUUUUAUCCAGCCUCGUCUCUUGUUACUUAGAGGGUCAAGGCCGUCACCAGCGGGCAGGACCCUACUGGGCAAAUGUGGUUCCUGAAAACCACCAUCAUUUCCACAGUUACCUGCUCAGAGUUCUGCGGAGGCGUCAAUCUCACUUAGGCACACGGGGUCCCGCCCAGGCCCAUCAGCCUUGUGACUUGCUAGAUGCAGUCAGCCAACUGCAAGAACUCCAGGAACAGUUGGAAAUGCGUAUUCUUCCCAUAGGGCAAGGGCCAUCCAGGGACGCAGCCAGAGCCUUCCCCAUCCUGAGCCCAGACGGGAAGCAGCCCAUCUCUAAUGGCUGGCUCAGAUGGUUGACUUACUUCUGCUGGCUCCCUGGUGUCACUAGCCUGGCCUCAGCCUUUUUUACAGCACUUUAUAGCCUGGAACUGAACAAAGACCAAGCCACCAGCUGGGUUAUUUCGAUAUUAUCAUUGCUUCAGAACGUCUUCAUCACCGGUAAAGGUACUUUCUCCUCUGACUUUCCUGUCUAGGUGGUCUUCCUCGCAUUGUUUCACUCACUGCUGCUGAACAGGAUGCUGUGGCUUCACAAAGAGAAGGAACAUCAAACCAAGAGGUUCUUGGCAGUCUUGGCAAGAUGUCCUUCAUCAUCACCCGGUUCAAGAGAUGAAAACAACCCCAUCUACGUAGCCCCAGCUAUGAAUGGUCCAGUUUGGCUAGUACAAAUACUCCUUAUCCUGUUGAUGACUGCAGUCUACUCAGCACACAACUCCAACAGAUUUUAUCUCCGUCAAGCUAUCCACAAGAGCUUUCCUUACCGCUUCUCAGAGAUCAAACUUCUUAAGCAUUUCUACCCCUGGGCCAGUAGCACCCUCCUUCCUAACCUGUACAGGGAUUACAGAGGUAAGAACACUGUCCUGGGGCCCACCUGCAAAUGUGGGGUGCAGUUGGUUUUCCAAACACCCCUGCACUAUAUUGAGUUUAACCUGCUGUUUGGAUGGAGCAUCUCUGACUACCGAACUUAUCUCAGUUCAGCAGUGACUGUUGUUGGUCUCCUGAUGGGAAUCUCUCAUCACAAGGAGGUUAUUGCUUUAAACCCAGUCCUGGGCUCCUUUCUUAUUCUCCUAACCAGUGUUGUUUUGAUGGUACUUGUGAUCAUUAACCUUUUUGUUUCUGCCAUUUUAAUGACCUUUGGUAAAGAAAGAAAGUCCUUUAAGAAAGAAGCUGCACUGAUGGAUAUGCUGCUACUGAAGCUCUCAAGUUUGUUAGGAAAACAGCAGCACCAGAACACAUCUCUCCGCUUCUCACUCCCCUGUGGAGGGAUGGUGGGACAGGAAGGAGAGAAAUGGGAUCACACUGACAGGAAAUGGACAAGCAAGGCUGCCAGGAGCCAGCUGCUCCAACCUCACAAUCUCCAGUUGUUAGUCUCUCAGGAGCAAUGGAGAACCGGAAAGCAGCAGAGUGUGUCAGAGCAGGAAGAGAGCCCAGAGGAAGAGUGUACUCAGUGA